ACCAUUUUAAAACUAAUUGUUCUCUAAAACCUACCCUUUUCAUCAACGAAUACUAUUUGUCAAAAGUCAAAUCGCACCACCAUUCUCACUGAAAUUGAUUCUGUUUUUACUCAUAUCUAAGCACAGAAAGAGCAAAUCCUGAAGGGAAAAAAGAGAAGACUUUUGACCAGCCCAAAGCAGCGAGCUUUCUGCUUUCUAUAGAGGUUGGACCAGAUUGUAGAAGCAGGCUCAGCUUAACUCUAACUCAAGCCCCUUGAUUUCUACCUUCUAUUUAAACGAAAGGGCUUUAGGCACCCUUUAGCAACUUGGCCUUCGAACACUAUUGACUGCUUUGGAUUUGUGUGUAAUUGUGAGCUCCACUCAUCCACCAUCACCGCGGUGAUUUGCCUCUAACAAAUGGGCAGCCCUAACCAUGAUUCACCUUCUUUCCUCUCCAACAAAUCGUCCAAGAUCUUCGUAGCAGGCCACCGCGGUCUAGUUGGCUCUGCUAUCGUUCGCAAAUUCCAGGUCCUUGGCUUCACUAACCUCAUCCUCCGCACCCAUGCUGAGUUCGACCUCACUCGCCAGUCAGAUGUUGAGUCCUUCUUUUCCACUGAAAAGCCGGAAUUUGUUAUCUUGGCUGCUGCCAAAGUUGGUGGCAUCCACGCUAAUAACACUUAUCCGGCUGAUUUCAUAGCCAUCAAUCUCCAGAUCCAAACCAAUGUCAUUGACUCCUCUUAUCGCCAUGGCGUCAAGAAAUUGCUCUUUCUGGGUUCGUCCUGCAUUUACCCCAAGCUAGCUCCUCAGCCGAUCCCUGAAAAUGCCUUGCUUACCGGACCCCUGGAGCCAACUAAUGAAUGGUAUGCUGUGGCUAAGAUCGCAGGAAUAAAAAUGUGUCAAGCCUACAGAAUUCAGUACAACUGGGAUGCAAUUUCUGGGAUGCCCACCAAUUUGUAUGGUCCAAAUGAUAACUUCCAUCCAGAAAAUUCUCAUGUUCUCCCGGCUUUGAUGAGGAGGUUUCACGAGGCAAAGGUGAAUGGGGCAAAGGAGGUGGUGGUGUGGGGAACAGGGAGUCCACUGAGGGAAUUUCUACAUGUGGAUGAUUUGGCAGAUGCGGUGGUGUUUUUGAUGGAGAGCUAUAGUGGGCUGGAGCAUGUAAAUGUGGGGAGUGGGAAGGAGGUAACGAUCAAGGAGUUGGCAGAGUCAAUGAAGGAAGUGGUGGGGUUUGAAGGCGAGCUUGUUUGGGAUACAUCAAAGCCAGAUGGAACUCCCAGAAAGCUUAUGGAUAGCUCGAAGCUGUUGGGGUUGGGGUGGAUGUCUAAGAUUUCACUUAAGGACGGGCUCAUUGAUACUUACAAGUGGUAUGUGGAGAAUGUCAUUAAGCAAUGAUGUAGGUGAUUCUAACGUCUGAAUUUUGUUUCUAAUGAAGGUAUUGGCAGCCGGUCUGCUUAUUGCUAUCUGCCUCGCAAUAAUUUUAUCAGUCGUUUGUGUACUGCCUAUAUUGGAUUGUAAAAUGCUGAUGCAUUUCAUUCUAGUUCACCGGAUCUCUUUAUCCGUAUCUUUUAAUUUCUAGUUGGUGAAUGCAUUGUUUUUAAUUUUGGGAAAGAUAUCAUCAACCAGAGUAUUUUCAGCA